CCUGUGUGUCCCGGGAGCUGCAGGGUCUCCUUCCCUCUCUCUCUAGGCGCUGCGGGGAAGCAUCCAAGUUGUGCCGCAUCCCCUGGGGCCUGUCGGCUCGUUCGGGCCUGAGGGGGCGAAGCGGUGGUGGAGCAGCCGCUGGCCUGUGCAGGCCUUGGGGCUUCUGCUUGGCUUCUUCACCGCCGGGCUCGGUCCUUCCCCAGCCCCUGGGGCAGGGCUGAGGCUGGGGGGCUUCAAGUGAAGGAGAGGCACUCACUAGGGCCGAGGUGUAGAGCCACAGCACUGCAAACAUGUCGAUUGGGGUGCCAAUCAAAGUCCUGCAUGAGGCUGAAGGCCAUAUUGUGACAUGUGAAACCAAUACAGGAGAAGUUUAUCGAGGCAAACUGAUUGAAGCUGAAGACAACAUGAAUUGUCAGAUGUCCAACAUAACGGUGACAUACAGAGAUGGACGAGUGGCACAGCUUGAACAGGUGUACAUCAGAGGUAGCAAGAUACGGUUUCUCAUUUUACCAGAUAUGUUGAAGAACGCUCCUAUGCUAAAGAGCAUGAAGAAUAAAAACCAGGGUUCUGGAGCUGGGCGAGGAAAAGCAGCUAUUCUCAAAGCUCAAGUGGCUGCAAGAGGAAGAGGCCGUGGUAUGGGCCGUGGCAACAUCUUCCAGAAGCGAAGAUAAUCUUGGUCUUGACCAACAUGCCUUUUUUUUUUUUUAUUAGGGGGUAUUAACUUGACUACAUGUGCAUUGGUAUCAGUUUUGUUUAAUAAAUGUUUCUGAUAAAAACUUGUCUGCUCUUGUAUGACAGGACUCCUCUUGGGCAAACACACUGUAGGUUGAUUUAAAACUCAAUUGCUUUGUCUGGAAAAUAGUGGACUCUAUAUGUGGAUUUGACUACUUUGUAUUUAUGUGAUGCAUUGAGUUCUAAAGAUCAUCAUGUUUCCUUUUUCUUGUUUAGUCCUGUUGUUCAUUCUCUAAAGAAUUAGAAGGUAUUCUUGAUGAAGAAUUUUUAAAUGGUAUGUUUUAAAGUCAUAUUAGCAGCUGCAUUUAUGGAACAUACAGCCAGAGGCAGCUUCCUGAGAAGGAAAGCACUAUGUUCUUCUGCGUUAUAUGGGUCUACAAUAGAUAGAGGUCUAUCUCCAGAGCUGUACAUUAAGCUUGUAUUCUUGCAUUUCUUAUUUUUCUCUUUGGAUACAGGGAGGAUUUUUCAUUAGGAACACACAACUUUGAUAGCCUAAGUCUAUAUUUGUGGUGAAAAAUUAUAGUCUAACUCUUAGUAGUUCACUUGUUUGUGGAGGGGUUUUUUCCUCUCUGCCUGGGAAAAGAAGACAAAAUCUAAAAUAGGCAUUUUCAAGGAUAGAUUUGAAAUGUUUUGAAAAGUAGUGCAUGGUGUAUGAUGGAAGUUGUAUGAAUGGUUGUCCAUUAAAUACAAUUCAAUACAUAAGCUAAUCUUUUGAACGAAACUUAGGAUCAGCUUUAGCUUUUGGUCUUAGCAUUUAUACAGUCAUAUAGAUCACCAGCUGAUCUGCAGGAAGCCAAAUGUAGUUGUAACUUUAUUUUGCUAAAAGUAUAGUGUGGCUGACUUAAUGACUUAAAGGGUUGAAAUAUUUAAAUAUGUAAGAGUUCUGUACCUAAUCACAUACUUGCAUACAAUCAGUUAUCAGUCUGUACAUGUAUGAAAUAUCUAGUCUUGCUUUUCUGCUUCUGCUGUGAAGACUCUCGUCUAGGCGAGCCCGCAGCCCCAAUGUGAGUGGGGCUGUGCGUGGGCCGGUGAGGGAGGUUUGAGGCCAGGCAUGCGUUUUCGGGCUGGCACCUUUGUCCUGGGAGCAGGGCCUCGACGUUUACAGUUUUGAGGAUGGACAAAGCGUUUUUGGGGCUGCGGGCUCACAUAACUGAGCAAGGACUCAACAUAUACAGUCUUAGGACCCAUUCGACCAAAAUCAGCGUCCAUCCUCAAAACUGUAAAUGUCGAGGCCCUGCUCCCAGGACAAAGGUGCCAGCCCCAAAACGUAUGCCUGGCCUCAAACCUCCUUGUGUGCAGACAUGAAAGUGGAACUAAUGUAUUAAUUUGUUGAAUGGUCUGUAAAUAAAGCUGUAUUUGGUCUCGCAUCACUAGAAAAACCCUGCUACGUGUUCUUCUGGAUAGUAGUGAUCCUAAAUAUUUGUAUUACAAACCUCCUUAAAAUGUGUUUAAGAUGUGCUUGAGCUUAAUUAUA